AGAAUACCUGCGUGGGACGUUAAUGCCUUGUAAUGUGCCCGUAGCCGCGCCUGCACUUGAAAGGGGAGCAUUUAGGCAGCAUUAGGCAGCUGUCAGCUGCUUUUUCAAUAACUGAAGCAGCAUCGGUACCAUGGACAAGGACACAGAUGGAAUAGAAGAUAGAGAGUACAUGAGCUGCGGUGCUCGCACGCUUUCCUGCUUCCAAUAUGAGGACCCUGCUACUCUUGAGCGGGUCGGCCUCAAGCUCCUUGCGCAGGCUUGCAUUUGUCCAGCAGCCGUCCUCGCCGCAAAUGUCUCGCUCAUGGAAGGCGAGGGUGCGGGGUCGCGUCCACACAAUAUCCCGUUUUCCGACGGCCUGGUGAUAGGUCCCAAAGGAGCUAUGGUGUACAGCAGCACAUGCCGCUCACAAAUCGUAUGCGGACCCUUCUGCAUGGGUCUCCCUGUGCUGUGCAUGGAAAACUUGCUGCAUCGCCAGCGCAUCCGGGACAAGUAUGGGCUGCAGCGCCCCAGCUCUUUCCUAGAGGUUGGCGCGGGCUUCUGCUACCCAUGCUCCCUGUACGAGACGCACACCUUCCUCCGCGACAUAAAGUACCAGCAAAUGAUAAUGCAGCAGCGCUCCGGCAACGACGACGCGCAAGGACCCCUAGAAACGGCAAUGCGCGCCAUGAAGCGCACGGCUCGGAGUAAAGGGACUAUUGCGGGCCAGGACAGCAACUCAGUGGCAGUGCCUCAGUCGCCGUCGGCCGCCGUCAUCGAGCCAAACGCUGUGACGGCAAACAGCGGAGUGGCUAAGGAGGGCGAUGCGGCCCCUGCUGCCUUGCAGCCUAUGUCGCCGUCGUUUUCAGCACAGGGACCGGAAAAUGCAGAGAUGCCUACGGACAGUGUUGGUGAGACGCCUAACCGGGUGGUCACACUCUACGGUAGGGAGCAGGUGUCCAACCGGCGAGCGCAAGCGUGCAUGCCAACUGCAAGCGCAAGCAGCGCCGAGUCCCGAAGCACCCCUGCGAGCUCCAUCCCGCCACCGGAGGUCACUGAUUCCCCGCGCAUGCGGCGCGGCGCCCAGACCACAUCGUCCUCGGCCUCACGCCAGGACGAUGCGGAGAGCGCUCUCGCAGACUCGGCGUCGUUCCCUGUCCCCUCUGCGCUGCCGCUGCCAGCCAUGGUCCGGGACCCACCAACGUUUGCAGUGCCGCCAGCCCUCAAGCCCCCUGACUCUACGGAUCCGGAGGUCAUGGAAGCAUGGAUGCAGGGCCCAAAACUCACACACCUUUCGCAGUCACUCCAGUCUCGUGGCGAGGGCUCCCAAAUCCAACAGGACAGCAGGCCCCGGCCGGCGGCCCCAACGAGGUCCGGUAGCGAGGCGUCGCUCUUCAGCAUUGCUCUUGAACCCACGGACAAACACUUGUCGCCAGCCAAGCAGCCUAAUGGCCCGCAAGCGCACACUGCCCGGAUUGCGGGCACUAGCGCGGUCGCCACCCAUGCCGCAACUGAGGGACCGGGCAGCUCCCGGGAGCUGCAGGGUACCAUCACGUCUUCUACGCUAUCGGUCAUGAUUGACCAAGCCAUGCUCAACGGCAGUGCCGGCAGCACCACUCGCGGCAGCGGUGGCGCCGGUAGCGUUCCGCCAGACUCGUCGGACCCUGCAGCGUUUUGGACUGGCUACCGGCAGACUGCCAUGACGCCUAUUGCGGAGGCGGAAGCGGAGGAUGCCGUGUCCAUGCAGAGCAACCCCGCUGAGCGCUCUUCCCGGCGCCAGGAUGGCAGCACUGCUGCCCUCGGGGACACGCAAUGCGACAACGACAGUGCAUGCUCCAGCCAGCGGCCUGAGCCCAUCGUCUCGCGCAACGCUCAGCGUGGAUUGCGCUCCAGCGGCGCCCCGUCCGUCCGUACCAGCGGCAGUGCUGGCAGCAGCGGGUCCGUCCCAGCUACAGUCACGGGAGUGAACGCGGUGGCUCUCACAGCUUUGGCGCGCAUGGGCAGCGACUCCGGCGGCGUUGUAAGCGCCUGCAACGGCCGCGGCAGUGGGCCGCGCAUUGGGAACAACAAGCAAAACACCUUUCCAGGCUUGCAGCGGCGUGCGGCGGCGCCCAUGCUUACUGUUGGGAGGGCCGCUGGGGCAUCCCUGCGUGCGCAGGCUGCCGCUAAGGGCCUAGAGCAACCGUCCGCUUCUGGUGGGACCGAAGAUGACAUGGGGGCCUCGGCCGACAACUUCACGCAGGGCGGUGCUGCCUUCCAGGAAAACGUCGCAUCGUCGCCAGCCCCGCCAUUGUCCCAGUGCACUCCACCGAGUGCGGUUUCGGGACACUCCCCAUGCACCUAUGGCGACGGCGAUGACGAAGUGAACCUGGCGUCAAUCCGGCCCAGCUUUAUCGAUGCUCCCGAGCUGCAGCACUUCAAGCAAGUCCUUCGCGUCGCGGGAGAAGAAGUCGACACGCAGCCAGCCCCGGCAACGUUAGCCCGGCCGCCUCCAGUGGCUGGCCCCAACACCACGACCGCUCUGGCCAACGCCGGAAGCGCACGGCUCGUUACGCUGGCACCUGCCGUUGGGUCCUUGUCGCAACGGGUCGGCGGCGGGCGUUACGGCAGCCGUCCAGCCAUCCCGCCACCGGCCGCUUUCCAGGCAUACGCUCCCGUCGUAGCAGCGCAAGAGGCCAGCUACUGCGCGGAUGGACCCUCACAGGACGAUACGGAUGGCGUGUUGUCGGAAGAGGCGUCCAGCGCCAUUGACGGACCGGUCAGCAGCGCCGAUGUGAGCCCGGCGUCGGGUGGCCAGCGGGCGCACCCCGCUACUCGCGGCGUCACUCCUCGGGAGAGAUUCCCUGCCAGCGCCGGCGGGGACGCGACCGUAUCAGUAGCCGUUACGCCGGCGGGAGCGCCUCCGCCCUGCACUGCCGGGGAGCCUGAGGUCACUCCGAAUGCUGCUUGCACCUCCGCUUCGAAGCAUAGCGCCAGCGGCUUGAGUGUCGCGGAAUCCAACGUGGCGUAUGACUCCACUGCGGAUUCCGUUGCCAUUUCACAGCAUCGCCAGAAGCACUGGAUCAACUGGAUGGCGCAAUCCGGGGUUUCGGUAGGCACGUCGGUGGGGUUAUCCGUACGACCUGGGUAUGGGAAGACCGCUCGUGGAAGCAAAGCGCCUGUGGACCAGAGCACUAGCUACGCCAACGCAGGCAACAGGGCGCAGCUUUCGUCCAUGGUUGUGGAGGAGGAGGAUGGCUCAGGGGAAGCGCCCGUGUACGAGCGUUGGGGGUAGAACAGCGGAGGUCCCUGUGAGCAGGUCUGGGUAGCCUGUACGGCAAUCAUAUCCACGCAUCGUGGGCGUUACGUCAGUGCCACUAUGUGGCAUGGCGCUUGAUGCAAGCAGGAAAAGCACUAUUGGAAGCAUGCAGGUGUCUUUAGUAUGCAGCUGCCCUUGUUACGCUCCGCAACUCGAGUGGGUGCAAGACGGCAUCAUAGGUCGAGUGCAUUGGUCCUAGGGCGCUAGUGGGUUCGUGUGUCGGCAGUGUUGCAUUGGUCAAAGUUGGUGACUUUCCAUACGCGUCUUGUCUCUUGUGUAGCAGGUGUUUUGCCGGCAGCCUUUCUUGUUGCCAGCGGUAUUGCUUUAUGAUGGGUCCUGGCAGAAGAGCUUCUUGAAGCUUGGGUCCCCUUCGCAGAAGCGGCCAUAUGCUGAUAGCGGCCUACCAUGGCUCUAUGCUGAUAGCGGCUGAACAUGGCUCUACUGGG